AUGGCCACCGCAGAACACGAUGAUAAUUUAGAAACAUUUUCUCUUCUGUGGCUUGAUGCGGAAGCCAACGCAACAGAAGAAAACAAACGUGCUAAACAACGACUUCGCUCAAUCAUCAAUCAUCUCAAAAUAUUUCAUGACCUACACAAAUGCAAAAAGUAUAUCAAGUCCCAAUCUGAGUACGAUCGAAUUAUUCUUAUCUCUAGUGGUAGAUUAGGUAAAGAACUAGUUCCUCAGAUUCAUGAUCUUCAUCAACUCUCCUCUGUAUAUAUUUAUUGCAAGGAGAAGAAAUUUCAUAAACAGUGGGCUCAACACUUUUGUAAAGUUAAAAGUGUAGUUGUAAAUCUUGAUGAUCUCAUUGAUCGAAUCAAAAGAGAUCAAAAAAUCCGAGUAAAACAUGAUCAACCAAUGAUUAUGAAUAUUUACGAUAAUAGUAGAAAUCCAGAUGAAUCAACCACUGAACUUAAUGGUAAUUUCAUUCAUUAUCUAUUAUUAAUCGACGUUCUUAUUAGGAUGAAAUUUAAUGAAAAAGAUAACAAAAAAUUUAUUGAGUUUUGUAAAGAUAAAUUUUCUGGCAACGAUCUUCAAUUAAGUCUUAUUCAAGAAUUUGAACGUGAUUAUAAGCCCAAUGAUGCUAUAUGGUGGUAUACCCGUGAUGGAUUUUUAUUCAACAUGUUAAACAAAGCUCUACGCAUACAAAACACUGAAUUAUUAUUUUUAUUUCGUUUUUUUAUUCAUGAUCUCUAUCAACAACUGAAAAAGAAUCAAUGUGAAACGCCUGUUCAAGUUUAUCGUUGUCAAACUAUUUCUGUUGAAGAAUUAAGAAAUCUCCAACGAUCACGUGAUCAAAUUAUUUCGAUAAAUUCAUUUUUCUCGACAACAUCUAAUCGGAGUGUCGCAUUGAAAUUUUCGUCUGGUUCAAAAAUAGCGAAGGGUUUGAAUCAAGUACUAUUCACGAUUGAAGUUGAUCCUCAUAAAGUAAAAUCAAAACCAUUCGCUGAUAUCAGUACACUCAGCUACUUCAACGAAGAAUCUGAAGUCUUAUUUAUGGUUGGAUGUAUAUUUCGUUUGAUGAAUAUUCGUUGGGACGAUAACGAUAAACUUUGGAUAAUUCAAAUGCAGUUAGCAGGAAAUGAGAAAAAUGAUGUGAAGGAUCUUUUCCAUCAUUUGAGAGAAGAAUACGGAGGUGGCGAGAGUGAAGCUGAUCUUCUAUCGUAUGGUGAUAUAUUGUGCCAUAUGGGGAAAUACGAUUUAGCAGAGAAAAUAUAUUCUGACUUACGAAAGCGAUGUUCAACAGAUGAUGAUUCCUAUGAUCAUUUAUGUUUCUCACUUGCUGUGGCACAUAAAGAAAGAAAAGAUUUCGCACGCAGCCUGCGAUGGUUUCAAAGAGCAUUGGACAGGAAAAUGCGUACGGAUCCAUCUGAUUUGCUCUACAUUGCUGGUUUGCACUGUUCUAUCGGGAAUAUUCAUAUGGAAAAGAAACAAUAUGACGAAGCAAUGAAAUAUUACAAUAAAGCAAUGGAAUUAUAUAAGCGCGAAAACGCUACCAAUCAUGCAAACAUGGCAUCUUUGUAUUAUGGCAUUGCUCGUAUUUUCUAUUUUCAAAACCAAUACGCGGAUGCGUUGAAUUAUCAUCAAGAGUCAUUAAAUAUUCAACAGAAGCAUUUACCGAAUAAUCAUCCAGAUAUGGCUAUCAAUUAUACCGGCAUGGGUGAUAUUUAUCUUAGUCUGCAUGAAUACCAGCAUGCCACGGAAUAUUAUAGGCGUUCGCUUGAUAUUCGAAAGAAAUCAUUACCUCCUCAACAUCCAAAUAUUGCAUUGAGUAAUCAAAAUAUCGGCAAAGUAUAUGAGGCAACCAAUCAACAGAAAGACGCUUUAGAAUAUUAUCAAAAAGCACUCAUAAUCUAUCGUCAUUCACUAGCAGCUGAUCAUCCAGAUGUAAUUGAUAUAAAAAAAGAUAUUGAACGUGUCAUCGCAAAGCGAAAAUGA